AUGUCGGGCUUCGGAGACUACCCGCCAAAUAUGGCGCCGCAAGAUGCGCUCAUCGUGCGGCAGCAGGCCGAGCCUGACCACGCCGUCGUCCCCUACACCGGCGAGGACCUUGCCCGUCCGAAGCUGGGGCCCGCGAAUCCCUUCAAAGACGAGACGAAUGUCCUGAAGCGCAAGAACGUUCUCACCGGCACGGCUGAGGAGACGUAUAUUUCCGAGCACACAUUCCGAAGCAAGCACCGAGCGAUCGAGCGGAAAGGAGGCCCCGAGCGCGAGUACCAAACAGGCGAGGCCGCGAAGAAUGAGGCAGCGAGGAUACGGUCCGGACGCGAGAAGAAGGGCGACGCAUCCAUCGCGGAAGGAGACGGCGCCUACGUCGGACCUUGGGCGCGAUAUCGCCGCCCAGAGUACGAGGUUGUCCGCGAAGGCGACGAGCUGGCUAGCGACGAGGAAUACGAAGAAGUCACAGACGAGGACGACGACGUUGUCGAGAGCGGUACGAUCGUGCGUGCCCCAGAGGCGGCUCUCGCGAGGAGGAAAGAAGUCGAGGAGAUGGGCGAAGAGACGACAACGUUCCACGGGUCGGAAGAGAGGGAUUACCAGGGCAGAACAUACAUGCACGUCCCGCAAGAUCUGGACGUGGACUUGCGCAAGGACGUCGGCAGCAUCACAAACUACAUCCCCAAGAAGCAAAUCCACACGUGGCGGAACCACACCAAGGCCGUUACCGCGCUGCGCUUCUUCCCGAACUCGGGCCAUCUGCUGUUGUCGGCGUCGGCGGACUCGACGGUCAAGAUCUGGGACGUUUACCACGAGCGCGAGCUGCUGCGGACAUACUCUGGACACUCCAAGGCAAUCUCGGAUGCCACUUUCAACAACGACGGCACAAGGUUCUUGUCGGCCAGUUUUGAUCGAAAGAUCAAGCUGUGGGAUACGGAGACAGGAAGCUGUUUGGGACGAUUCUCGACAGGCAAGACGCCACAUGUCAUACGGUUCAACCCGUCAGCUGAGCACGCGCAUGAGUUCGUGGCGGGUAUGUCAGACAAGAAGAUUAUCCAGUGGGAUACCCGCGCCGGCAACGAGAUUGUGCAAGAAUACGACCACCAUUUGGCAGCAAUCAACACAAUCACCUUCGUCGACGAAGGCCGCCGCUUCAUGACGACUUCCGACGACAAGUCCCUCCGCGCGUGGGACUACAACAUCCCCGUUCCCAUCAAGUACAUCGCCGAGCCCUACAUGUAUCCGAUGACGCGCGCGGCGCCGCACCCGAGCGGCAAGUACGUCGCGUUCCAGUCGUCCGACAACCAGAUCGUCGUGUACGGCGCCAACGACAAGUUCCGCCAGAACCGCAAGAAGUCGUACCGCGGGCACAACAACGCCGGCACGGCCAUCGACGUGUCCGUCUCUCCGGACGGGCAGUUCCUCGCCAGUGGCGACACCCAGGGAUACGUCUGUUUCUGGGACUGGAAGACGUGCAAGAUGUACCACAAGCUCAAGGCGGGAGAUCAGGCCGUCACCUGCGUCGCGUGGCACCCCCAGGAGACGAGCAAGUUUGUGUCGGCGGGCGCGGACGGGGAUAUUCGCUACUGGGACUAA